UCAAAAAUCCCGAGGAUCUCGUUUUCUCGUCUACAGAAACUGACACCCACCUCAUCCUCACUUGCAAUCUCAAAGGAUAUCAGGUGCCGAGUAUCAGGAUGCUGAUAAGUGGAGAACCGAUCCAGACUGCAGACAGAAGGGAGAAGGCAAUCAGGCUUUGGGUGCGGGUAUCAGUGGAGGUCCAGGCCGCAUCUGGCGUUAUCAAAUUCAGAAAAUUUUUUUGGAUUCCAGAUGGGGUUGUUUUGGAUCAAGUCAAGACCGAGUUCAAUGAAGAAGAAUCGGUUUUGAGGGUUCUCAUGCCUAAAUCGGUUAGAGGGGUUAGAGGGGAUAGGGUUGAGGAGAUUCGUAGGGGGCAUAGAACGACUUGGCCUGUACCCGACAAGGUUCCUGAAACAAAGAAGCUUAGAAAGAAUGCGCAGGAGAUGGAACAAGGGAAUAAAGAUGUGCCCCAACAUGAACGGGAAGAAGCUUCUGGUGUGACAAUGACACAUCCGGAGGAAGAGCCUACCCAUCAGCUGAAUCAAAGAGAUUUGCCAUCAACCCAAGAAACUCCAGCCAAAGAAGAUGCUGAUUUGGAAGCAAAAACCAGAGCAGCAGGGGGGUGUGAACAGGGUCCAGAAGCAGCUGAAUUAACAAAAGUUGAAGCAGAUCAAGCAACUCAACGAGCUCAGGUUGAAGAAUAUAAUGCCCAGGCGCAGCUCAAACCUAAACAAGAAAAUGAUCUAACAGAACCACUGAAACCUGAUCAUCCUGAAGAAAAAGUUGAUAACAGAAACGGCUCUUUGGCUCCUCCCAAAAAGUGUAGGCCAUGUAGUCUAUGUUUGUUUGCAGGAUCUGCCAUCCUUGUAUCAAUUGUAGCGCUUGUCAUUCACUUUAGACGACCUAAAAGAAAAUGAAUUGAUUUCAACUUUA